AUGCCUAACACAGUUCUCGUCACGGGCGGAAACCGCGGGCUCGGUAAGGCUUUGGUAGAAGCAUAUCUUUCAGUCCCAGACACAACCGUGAUAGCCACAGUGCGGGACACAGCCAAAGCCGACGCGGCGCUGUCGCCUCUCCCCAAGGCCUCGGGAUCGCGGGUUCUGACUGUGUACAUGGAAAUGGGAUCCUUUGACACGAUAGCAGCUGGUGUCGAAACACUAAAGACAACACACAACAUUACUUCGAUUGACAUUGCGAUUGCCAAUGCCGGUCUUGUCGGGCCAACCCUCGGUCUCGCAAAUACUCCGUCGUCUCAGCUCCAACCAUUCAUUGAUGUCAACGCAUACGGCCCCUUUGAGCUGUUCAGGGCCGUUUUACCUCUUCUCCGCGCUUCAACUGCUGAGACCAAGGGCAAAUUCAUCUACGUCUCGAGUGGCGCUGGAAGCCUGAAUGGCAUGCUUAACAUUCUGCCCAUAGCUGGAUACGGAGCAAGCAAAGCACUCGCCAAUUACUUGUUCAAGUGGCUGGCUCUCGACAACAAGGAUGUUAUUGUAUACUCACUCGACCCAGGAUUGGUCGACUCCGAUGGUGUCCGCGAAUAUCUCGAACAGGCAAAGGCCAUGGGCCUCGACAUGUCUUUGUUUACCUUUUCGCCAGUCGACGAAGUUGCGCGUGCAAUGCAAAAAUCGAUUGGUGCUGCGACCGAGAGCUCAAGCGGACAGUUUCUGUCGAAAGAAGGUACACAGAUGCCGUGGUAA